GAUUUUGUGAUACGUCAGGACAUGACUGGUGGUAGCACCAUCGGACCUUUUCUCUCCUCUCAGCUCGGUGUACCUACCGUGGACAUUGGAGGACCACAACUAGCGAUGCAUUCUUGUAGAGAGAUGACCUGCACCUCCAGCAUUGAUCAAGCUAUUCAACUAUACACUGGCUAUUUUGAGCGCGCUUCUAUGAUCUGGCAGAGCAUUCGUUACAUGUGA